UUUAGUUCCGCUAGGGUAAACACAACCAUUACUGCAGUCCUCAUUCACAGCCAGUAUAUGACAAGAUCAACAUUUAGCUUAACUGCCAGAAAACCGCAAUCCCCGCUGAACUGACAACAACGCAACCAUCGUCUGACUGAAACUAUGGACAGAGAGUGAAUGUUUCGAUAGCGUGUCGGCAAACUCACCUGUCUGUUAGCGGUGAUGGAGGAGCUCUCGCCCCUGCGGAUCACACCAACAGUCCGAGCUCUCAGCUCCGCGCUCCGAGGCAAUCGUGAACAUGUUCAUGACUCCAGAGGAGGGAAAGGCGAAAGAGGAUUCCCCGAACCGGACAAGCUUUGGUUCAAGGAGAGCAGCGCCAAAAAUCUCCGAAACAGGGACUUCUUGUCACCGACCACGAUGCUAAACACGCUGUUCGCAGACGGACAGGUCCCUCCUGCUGUGAUGGCCAGAGUCCUGUCGCUUCGCGGCAGUGGGGUGCUCCCUGUGGCAGGUGGGGAGGUCAUGGGGGAAGGAUUGAGGCUGCGGGUGGACCGGGCUGCAGCGUUCAGGGCAGUCCUGGCAGGUGGAGCCACAGAGUACCUAAAGCCCUCGUGUCAGAGAGAGGGCUGUGUGCUGCUCAACUGUCCGGCUCUGCACCCGAAACCCAACACCCCGACUCCUGAUACACUGAGCCUGGGCCAGCUAAGAACCGUUCUGCUGGCUGACCACAUGGGGGCGCUGCUGAGAAGACAGGGAUUUGAAGUUUUCUUUUGCCCCACGCUUCCUGAAGACAGCGAUAUUGUCGCCUUCCUCCGAGCUCUGGGAAUCGAUUGGCCAACAGCUCCAGCUGAUUGGACCAAUGAGGAACGGGAGGAGAAGCUCCACAAGGUGCUGGAGAAGUCGCCUUACAGAGAAAGAGGAACGGAGCGAGGCAGGAGGGCCAGCGGAGGAGGAGGAGGGAGGAGAGUGGAGGAGGAGGAGGAGGAGGAGGAGGGGGUGCUCAGAAUGAACUUGAAACGGGUUUUUCAGGAGGAGGGACUGUUGGGAUACGACCCCACCCUCGGCACUUGCACAGUUCACAGAGACAGUGUUUCCCACCUGGCUCAGCUUGAUCUAUCCACCGCUGACUGCUCAGUAGCCAUGGUAACAACAAUACAUGUGACUUCUUGUCAGGAUGAGUUUCGCCAGCAGCAGAUAGCGAUGCUGUGGAGAGCCAGUGGAGCGACACACACUCAGAGACAUCUCGUGUGUGGGCCUGUGAAGACUCCUGGUUCUCAUCUCACUGCUGCACAGUACCUGCAGCUGAGAAAAGGUCAGAUGAAGGAAGCCUCAGAGAUGAAAUAUGGAGAUAAAGUAGAAGGUCAGGUGUGGGAUGACAUCAUCAAGGUGAUGACCUCUGCCACGGUCAGAUUUGAGCUGCUGUCAACUGUUCACACAAGUCCCGUGACGCUGGACGUCCAGAGAGAAGGGGGCGUGUCAACCAAAGGGCCCAGAGGAGGCGUGUUUGUGAUGUAUAACUGUGCCAGACUGCACACUCUGUUCGACAGCUAUGAGAGGGGCGUGGAGAAAGGCUUGUAUCCAGAAAUCCCAGAAGGCUCCAAACUAGACUUUUCUGCUCUCAAAGAAGAGGGCGAGUGGCUUCUCUUGUUCAAUUACCUCAUUCCGUUCUCUGAGCUGCUCGACCAAUCAGGACAAGCGUUGGAUUGUGAAGGAGGCGGGGCCAGAGUAAACGUCAAGACUGAACAGAUCUGUAAGUUUCUUGUGUCUCUCAGUAAAGACUUCAGUUCGUACUACAACAGAGUCCAUGUGCUCGGGGAACCAUUGCCUCAUCUCUUCAACCAGAUGUUUUGUCGUCUCUAUUUGUUAAGAGCGUUGAGGGAACUCUACCACAGCGCUCUGGAGACCCUCAACCUGCCCCCCAUCAGGCAGCUAUAGCUUCAGCAAUAAUCGUCCCAUCCCUCACGGUUAGCUUCACCUCCACGACCCGCCGUCAGCGCGUUCACCAGCGUGUUCCGUAAACAGCUGAGACGCUCUCACCUUUCUGCCAACGUUCCUGUUAAUUAUAGGAUUUCACCCGACCGCCUCGUUUGUUCGUGCUCGUAGGUGGACGGAAUAGAACCGUAAAUGUUUCAAAGAUGUCGGCAUAAUUUACCAGAUGUUCUCUGACCAGUUCAUUUCUUGGCUGCAGUUUGAAAGAAGUGAUGAGAAAAGCCAGAAAGCAAAAUGUGUUCCUAAACUUCAUCAUCCUUUUAUUUCUAAGGUGUACUUCGACUGCACGUUCUUGGAAUUACAACUUUAGUUCUCCAGCAGACCCAUGUGACACAGUUCACUUAGUCAAGUCAGUAUUUUUUAUGCAGCAACACAAUUGAUUUCUGUCUUUAACUCACAAAUUUGAAAACAUGAGUGACAUUUACUUUGAUUUUGGUGCCAAAAGCAUUAUAAAUGCCCCCAGCUAUUCCCAUUUACACACCAUUUUUUUUGAAAAAAAAAAAAAAUCCUUUUUUAAAAUAAGUUUCUUACUCACUGCCAAAAAAAGAAAAAAAGUGCUUUAUUUUUCCUUUCGGUUGAAGAUUCCAUCUCAUUGUAUUUAUCGGUGCCACAGGUAUAUUUAUUAUCAAUUUAAAAAUAAAAAGAUAUGUGUACAUUCUGUAUAUUGUGCAUCUGAGUCUUAAUAAUUGUUUAUUUUAUUUUCACUUUUAAAGCCCGUCACCCAGUCCUGGUUAUCCUGCUUGACAAAUCAAUCAUUUGUGUAUAUUAGCUGCUGUUAAUGUUAUCGAUAAAAAUAGUAUUUAGGACGUUGUGCCACAAGGAUUGGGAAUGCAUGAAACAGAAUGAAACCUAUAAGAGUUUGAUGCCAAAAUCCUAUUUAUACAUGUAUGAAAAGAGAGAAUAGACUUGAGUUUAAAAUAUUACCUACCCUCAGUAAACAAAAAGUGUUUUAGCUUAUUUUUUCUGUCUGUAACAUUUUUUAUUGCAAGUGGCUUAAGUUUAAGUCUACAGUAUAUUUCAAUUCAGAACAAAAAGUGUUGUAGCGUUAACAUAAAGCUUUUAAGCAGUUCACUUUUCACAGCAUGAAAUUGUUUAAUCCAUUGAUGUACUGUAUGGCUGUUGUUUUGAUUUACCUUUUUUUUUUACUGAAAAAGGCAACAUGUCUCAUUGCCACUGAAACUGCAACAGUAUUAAAGCAGAGGAUUUGCACAAAGA